AUGGCGAUCAAGCACAACAACCAGAUUCUCAACCAGCACUUCCACAAGGACUGGCAGCGUCGUGUCCGCGUGCACUUCGACCAGCCUGGCCGCAAGCACCGCCGUCGUGAGGCCCGUCUCGCUAAGGCCGCCGCUGUUGCUCCUCGUCCGGUUGACCAGCUGCGCCCCGUUGUGCGCUGCCCUACCGUCAAGUACAACCGCCGUGUCCGUGCUGGCCGUGGUUUCACCCUUGCUGAGCUGAAGGAAGCUGGUAUCCCCAAGAAGCUCGCUCGCACCGUCGGUAUCGCCGUUGACCACCGCCGUGUCAACUACUCCAAGGAGUCGCUCGUCGCCAAUGUUGCUCGCCUCCAGGACUACAAGGCUCGCCUGAUCCUCUUCCCCCGCAAGAGCGGUCAGUUCAAGAAGCUUGACUCUUCCGCUGAGGAGGUCAACGCUGCCAAGGCUGCUUUCGCCGAGGGCAAGACCGAGGGCUUCACCACCCGUGUCGGUGGUGCCCUCCCCAUCAAGAACGCCACUCUCGCUGAGGCCGUCACCGAGGUCAAGCGUGACGACCUCCCCAAGGGUGAGGAGGCUGCUUAUCGCCGGCUGCGUGAGGCCCGCAGCGAGGCUCGCUACAAGGGUAUCCGGGAGAAGCGUGCUAAGGCCAAGGCUGAUGAGGAGUCUGCCGCCAAGAAAUAG